AUGGGGCUGGACGAGCUUGUAACGAAGAUGCACGUUGGAACGAUGAACCACGCGGCACUGAAGAUCGACCAUCAAACAACGGAUGUUCUCCACCUUGAUCCCCCAAUGCGGUACGCACGCCUUCCGAAACGUUCCCCUGUGCUAAAGAAACACCAUGGGGAAAGCCAGCUGAACCAGACAGAAAAGCCAUGGCCAAGCUACAACGCCGCUGCGGCUUCCUUGCUUCUCGAUGCCUUGGGGAAGCUGGCGGCGCGGGGCGAGGCUGCCAGGCAGCGGCGACGCACGAAGGAGGCAGCCCCUGGCAUCGAGCGCUGGCGGGCUAUGGCAUCGGUGGCCGCGCCCGCUUUUGCAGCUGCAGCUGUAAAUCUCCGGCUCAUCGACCUCGCCUCGGGGCUCUCCGGCCUGGCUCGGCUGCGCUGCACGGAGGUUCUUCCAGAACUGCAGCAGCACACACUCCGCUGCCUUGCUUGCAGAGGCAGUGCGACGGGCGAGGAAUUGGGUCCGGACCCUCGUCACGUGGCGGCGUUGGUGGCGGCGCACGCCGCCUUCGCUCGCCAGAGCUGCCGUGACGAGCCAGUUCUUGAAGCCGCGGGGACGGAGCUGGAGCGAUGCUUUCGACAGGGCCGGCUGUUGCCUGUAAACUACCUCCUCCCCUUGAUGAGAAGUCUCGCGCGGGACUUGCGCCCGGCGCCCAGCGGCUUCGCGCGCGCCUUGGAGGUUGCGGUUCCAAGCAUUGCCGAGCAGAUGACCCUUGAGCAGCUCGAAGUUGUGCUGCAAUCCAUAGCCCUCAUUCCCAAUCUCCGAUCUCCCAGUUCAGGGCGGCUCUUCGAUGCAGCUUUGGGAUCACUGGCGGCCUUGAGCACAGCUGCUCUGGUUGCUUCUCUCCGUGCCGCUUGGGCCAUAGGCUAUGUGGCUCCUGGCUUCUGGUCGCCGGCACUUCGAGAGGCCGAGCAGCGGGCACGAGCCAAGGACGCCUCCUGGAGCCCGGAGGACAUUGCCGGUGCGGCGCUUCUCGCUUCGAGGGUCCUUGCUCAUCUCCAGGCAGCGAAGAGACAAGAGCCGUCCGCUUUGGCGACGCCGGCAGCAGCGCUCUUCGGGUCCACCUGCGAGCUUGCACUGCAAAGGGUCUCCGAGCUGGGCCCGCGGGAGCUCGGGGUGCUGGUGACGGCUCUCGCGAAGGCCGGCGUAGACGAUGGCCGGCUGUUUGCCGCCCUGUCCCACCAGACCCAGCAGCUCACAGCGCAUGGUGCAGAGUUCAACCACUUAGAUCUCUGCCAGCUGCUGGCAGCGCUCGCUCAUUUCGGAUAUCGCGAUGAGAUGCUCUUGCAAGCCUUGGUUUCGAAGGUUGAGCCGUCUUUCGGCACUUACAGUGCGAAGUCACGAGAUAUCGUGCUUUCGUCCCUUUCCGAGCUCGACUUUGCGUGUCCGGAGCACCGUCUCCUCAGCGAGGCGUUGAAGGAGCACGAGCUGACCCAUGGGCGCACCACGGAGCGGACGCAAGAGCACAUGCUGGCGACCGAGAUCCACCCGACUGAUGCGCAUGUGGGCUCCUUCGCCAUUGGCGAUAUAGACUCGGAAGGGCCCGGGGGAUGUCUUGCGAAUAGCAAAGGCAUCACCAUCCACUCUCCUCUCGGCUCCGUGACGAAUGGCGGGGCUUUUGCCAGCGGUCACUUCAAAGUCACGCCCCAUGGCCAGCGACGCCGUUGGGCAGACAUGACCCCAGUUGAGAUGUGGCCAGCCACUCCGAGCCCCGGCGCUGGGCCAGAGGCCCUGCACAGUUUCGGCGUGCCCGCGGCCAAUGCCACGCCCACCUCCCCAUCGACAGUGCCACCGCAGGUUUUCCCUGCAUACACAGUGACCUCUCAACCGCAGAGCCAGCCGCAGCCAGCCCCGCCAUCUCACAUGACCGUGCACCCAGCACCGGCACCCGUGCAAGCGGUACCUGCAGCAUCCUCGAUUCCGGCACCUUUCCCGGGGGGUGUGAUCCCCGCGGGGAUGCCAGCAGUCCCAAUGCCCGGCAUGCCGAUGCCCAUGCCAGUGCAAGGAGGCGCUGACGGCACCCAGAUGGUCAUCAUGCAGGUCCCUGCAGGGGCACAGCAGCCACAAGCCUUCAUCCAAAUGCCCAUGGCUCAUCAACAGCCUGGUGCACAGUUGCCAAAAGCAGCCGAAAGUAUAGGGGCCAAAAAAGCCAUGAUGCAGAGACGCAGCCGACCUGGACAGCUUCGAAGUCUCGGGGCGCUCUGUGCCGCCGCCUGUGUCGUGGGCUUCCUCUCUGAGAGCUUCGUCUCCGCCCCGCGCCGCCCCGCAGCCCGGAGUGCCGCGCGGGCUGCCGCCGAGGAGCCGGUUGAGGCACCCGCGUCACCGAACACGCAGACUGCGACGCCCGAGGCCGCGCCUCAGCCGGGCGCGGUCCGGCCGGGGGCUUCUGUGGCAGGCUUUCAGGAGGUGAAGUCGGGCGAGGGCUUCAAGAAGGCAAGGCAGUUUCUAGCACUCGAGCCUUUGGAUGACGAGGUGAACCAGUGGGAAGCAGACAUGAAGUCCACAAGGGGGCUGACUGCCGACGAGGAGAGGAAAAAGUGGGUGGCCAUCAUCUCCGGCGCAGUGACGUUUCUCUUGGGUGGCGCCUAUGUCCUGCUGAAUGUGGCCAUGGACAGCACAGACUGGUCAGGCUUCGCGGGGGAAAGAACACUGUCAGCAAACGAUCUUGCCAUGCUGGGAAAGUGA